UCGCCCCCAAGCGACUAACUUAGGGCAGUGCCGUGAAGCUCGCCAAUGCCGGCGGGUUUCCCGACGGGAACCAGUUUCUCGGUGAUCCGCCGCUCUCUCUUCUCCUUCCUCUAUCCCCUGUUUAUCCAAAGAUCCAAUCUUUCCCAAGAUCUAACCCUAACCCCAGAAAUGGGGAGUCAGGGGCCAUCAAAGAGGCCCUUUUGCCAAAACUGCUCCAAACCUGCCCGCCUCUGCCUCUGUUCCCGUCUCCAAAUCCCGCAUCUCGAUAAUUCGAUCGCCGUCACCAUCCUUCAGCACAGUUUGGAGAAGAAUCAUCCUCUCAAUUCCACAAGAAUUGCCAAAUUAGGGCUUAAAAACCUCGCCGUGAUCGCUGUUACUGAUGUAAAUUUCCAAGCGCAGUUCUUGAUUCGCCCUCUGGAAUUUAAUCGAGACUUCAUGUCAUCUUUGGUCGAUGGAAACUGCCAGGGGAAGCCGGAUUCAGGAGAAAGUUCGAAUUCUUUGGCAACUCAGAUUGCUAGUAAUGAUGAUUCGGGUCAGGGAGUCCCUCAAAAAGAUGAUUUGGGUCAGGGAGUUCUUGAUUGUUGCACCAAAUGUGAAUGUGACAAUCAUUAUAAUUUUUUCCAACCAAAGAAACCUCGGAAUCCUUCUGAGAAGCUCAUUACACAAUAUUUUCUAUCAUCCCAAGCAACCAAUGCUUCAGUUAUGGAAACAGAUAUAAAGGAUGAUGCUGCUCAAGUUUCUGGAUUACAGACCGAUAAGCAAAUUGUACUGUCAUCUAUAUCUGGAUCGGAAGAAGAUGCUCAGACCGAACCAUUUCAAUCAGAAAGUGUGGAUUUUGAUUCUAUGAGGGAGUGCCAAAAAGUCAUGGAAGACUGUGUCACAACAAUCAAGGAUAAAUGCAGGGUAACUUACUUCAAUAGUUUUCUCACAAUCACUAUUGAGCGCUCUGCAAAGCCCAAUAUCAAUUGGGUUUUGGAGACUCCCAUUGGAAGAGCUGCAAUUUCAAAUGGUUUUAUGGUUAGCAAGUUGCAGAGGAAGCAAUUAAAGGGAAGUGAGGAGUUUCAAGACUUUAUGGAAUUUGACAUUGUCAUACCUCCAGGAUCAGCCCUCCUCUAUCCAAGCGAGAAAUCAAUCAGUUUGGAAGCAGUGGAUUUUGAGGUGAAGCAUUUGCUUGUUUUGGAUGGCACAUGGUCAAAGGCAAAGCGGAUAUACCACGAGAAUCCAUGGUUAAAGUUUUUGCCACACUUGAAGUUAGAGUCAGGGAAGGAGAGCUUGUAUAGUGAAGUGAGGCACCAGCCAAAGGCUUGGUGCUUGUCUACCAUUGAGAGCAUUGUUUGUGCCUUGAAGACGCUAGGGGAUGAUAAAGAUGGGUUGGACAACCUUUUGGAUGUCUUCAUGUCUAUGAUUGCGGAUCAGAGGCACUGUAAGGAAGAAAAGUUCAGAGCAAUGUCUUUGUCAUGAGUGCAUUUGGUGCCUUUGGUUCUCUGAUUUUUCUAGGUUCAUAGAAAUUGUGGAGGGUAGGGAUGGAAUUGAAGAUUGAAUGAUCUCUGGAUGCUUUCAAGUCCGGAGAUGCUGCUAUGAUGAGAUAAGAAUAUGCCAUACCAAUUGCGGGAGCCUGAUUCUUUAUUGUUUGACUGAUACCUCUGCA